AGAAACGGACAGAGAGAGAUCAAAGAGCAAACAGAGGCCGGCCAUGGCCAUGUUGUGACUAGCACUGACACAUCAGUCGGCCUGUCACUGGGAUUUCCUGUUGCUGACGCGUUCUGUUCACAAUGUUGCCAGACCUGCUGCGCAUUUCCAGCCGUUUGAGUUUAUUUCAGAUUUGCACAUCCUCGUUGAUCCGACAGUCAAAUCCUUGAGAUCUCUGAGUGCCGAUCAAGAGCACCAACCUUGUCUGGACUUGCAGUACCAACUGGAGAUUUAAUCAGGAACAUCCUUGCAGUUUGACAUUCCAGCAGCUAUGAUCACUCUGACGGAACUCGCAACUCUCUCAGAUAGCCAGCCCACUCAUCGCCUCCUCAAACCCUGGUGGGAUGUUCUGAUGGACUAUUUGGUGGUCAUUAUGCUGAUGGUGUCUCUCCUGUCUGCAACCCUGCUCAUUUCGAAAGAUAAGGUCGUCUGCCUGCCUUGUGACCACGUGCGAGGCCUAAACACGAGCACCACAUGCACAACCACGUCUCAGACUCGCACGGUGGAAUCUCCUACAGAAAGCCCUCGGAGUGUCGAGCGAGGCAGCCGCACCACCUCGGAGUCGCAGAUAAAACCCUCGGGCCCGACAGAAAUCAAAUCACCAUCUCCAACCAGACUGCCAAGGGUCAGAGGCUACAAGACAAACUUGGACUACCAGCAGUAUGUCUACAUCAGCCAAGUGUGUUACCAGAAGGCCCUGCCCUGGUACUCAAAGUACUUCCCUUAUGUAGCCCUUGUCCACACCAUUAUCCUGCUGGUCAGCGGCAACUUCUGGUUCAAGUUCCCAAAGACCUCCUCCAAAGUGGAGCACUUUGUCUCCAUCCUGGGCAAGUGUUUCGAGUCCCCCUGGACCACCAAGGCUGUCUCCGAGACGGCCAACGAGGACUCGGAAAACAGCCAGAACAGGACGAAAAUGUUCAAGUCGGUGACGCUGGAGCCCAGUGAGAACUCUGACACCAGCUCCUCGCUGACCUCCUGCCCCGAGGUGACCUUUGAACCUCCGGUCAGCGGCUCACCUUCGAUGAACAUCCUGGACAAACAGGAUGGCGAGCAGGCCAAGGCCCUCUUUGAAAAGGUGCGCCGAUUCCGGGCCCACACGGAGGACGGGGACCUGAUCUACAAGUUCUACGUUGGUCAGACGGUGGUGAAGGCCCUCAAAUUCCUCAUCAUCCUGUGCUACACCUUCACCUUUGUCAAUUCGAUUACGUUUAAGCACAUCUGCAAGCCCAAGAUUAAAAAUGUCACCGGCUACUCUGUCUUUUUCUGUACUCACAGCAUGGCCUACAUGCUGAAGAAGCUGCUGAUCAGCUACAUCAUUCUGAUCGCACUGUACGGACUGGUGUGUCUCUACACCUUGUUCUGGCUCUUCCGCGGGUCGCUGAAGGAAUAUUCCUUUGAGAAGGUGCGUGAGGAGAGUAAUUUCAGUGACAUUCCCGACGUGAAGAAUGACUUUGCCUUUCUCCUGCACAUGGCGGACCAGUACGAUCAGCUCUACUCCAAGAGGUUUGCCAUCUUCCUGUCGGAAGGCUGUGAGAGCAAACUGCUCGAGAUGAACCUCAACCACGAGUGGACCUAUGAGAAGCUGAGGCAGCACGUCUCGAAAAACAUGCAGGGCAAGCUGGAGCUGCAGCUCUUCAUGCUGUCCGGGAUUCCGAAAGCAGUCUUCGACAUGAGCGACCUGGAGGUGCUGAAGCUGGAGCUAAUCCCUGAUGUUCGGUUGCCAGCUAAAAUCUCCCAGAUGGUGGCUCUGAGGGAGCUCUACCUUUAUCACUGCCCUGCAAAAGUUGACCAGAUUGCCUUCAACUUCCUCAGGGACCAUCUUCACAUUUUGCACAUCAAGUUCACUGACAUUGGGGAGAUCCCGCUCUGGGUGUACUCACUGAAAAACCUGGCGGAACUACACCUUUCUGGCAACCUGAACUCUGAGACCAACAAGGCCAUUGGCCUGGAGUCCCUGAAGGAGCUGAGGCAUCUCAAAAUUCUCAUCAUGAAGAGCAAUCUCUCCAAAAUCCCUUCGAACGUUAUGGAGCUCGCUACCCACUUGUCCAAGCUGGUCAUUCAGAAUGAUGGCACCAGAUUACUGGUCCUUAACAACCUGAAGAAGCUGGCCAACCUCUCCGAGCUGGAGCUGCAGAACUGUGAGCUCGAGAGGAUCCCACACGCCAUUUUCAGCCUCGCCAGCCUGCAGAAGCUAGACUUGAAAUCCAACAACAUCCAGACCAUCGAGGAGAUCAUUAGCUUCCAGCAUCUCAAGAGACUCUCCUGCCUUAAACUUUGGCACAAUGCCAUCACUUCCAUCCCAACGACCAUCAGCCUCAUCAGGAACCUCGAGCAGCUUUACCUCUCCAACAACAAGUUGGAGUCCUUGCCCAGCGCCCUCUUCACCUUGAGAAAACUGCGGCACCUGGACCUCAGUCACAACCUGCUCACGGCUGUCCCACCAGACAUUCACCUGCUACAGAACCUGCAGCACUUCGCUAUCACCAAGAACAAAGUGGAGACCCUGUGUCUCCAGCUCUUCCACUGCCUCAAAUUGAAGACCUUACAGCUGGGGCAGAACUGUAUCACUCAUAUUCCCCCCGAAAUCGGACAUUUGACGCAACUGAGCUACCUGGAGCUGAAAGGAAAUCACUUGGAGAGGAUUCCACCUGAGAUUGGCAGUUGUCUGUUACUGAAGAAGAACAAUCUCAUCGUUGAAGACCUUCUGUUUGAUCACCUUCCGAUCGAGGUCAAAGAUAACCUCACAGACCAAGACUUUAUUUCUAUUGUUUAAUUUGUCUCUCUAGAGUUACAGAGUCUCUUAUCAUUGGAUCACUGACCUCCCAGAGUGAUCCAGUGGAGUUUCUCUCAUUGGGUCAGCUCUCUCUAGUUUGCAGCCAAUGUUGUUUUCAGGUCGGGUUAGACCCUGAGCAUUAUCACUUAGAGAAUUUUAAAUCCACUAAAGUUCACUCGUGUUAUACUGGACUAAAGCUCGACUAGUGUCACAAACAAAGCUGGUGACUAGAAUCAAAACUUAGACAGAGAUGUUACCUCGAGGCACACUUUUAGGAGUUAGUAGAUGCCUCUGUGUAUUAGCACAAUAGACAAUAAUCACUCUGAGGGAUGCAUUAAAAUAUACCAUUACUUGUGCUGCGUGUCUAACCCUGAGAGAGAGAGAGACUCUCUGUAGAGCAAUCCUGUAGAGUAAGGUCAGUCCUUUACCCACACUGUCUCUCUGUAACCCUGCAAGUUUAUUUCUCUCCUGUGCUCAACCAAUUUCCUUCUUGCUCUCUCUCUCUCACACUCUGCACCCUUUCUCUUUUGUUGCUGACCCCCGCUCUCUCUCUCUCUCUCUCUCUCUCUGUACUAUGGCCCCCCACCUCUCUCUCUUCCCCUCUCUCUCCCUCUGCUACCCCUAUCUCUCUCACACAAUCUCAGAAUUGUUAUGGUUGUAGAAGGAGGCCAUUCGGCCCAUCAUGUCUGUACCGGCCUUCUCUCACUCGGCUCUGCUCUCCCUUUCUCUCUUUCUUGCUCUGCUACCCCUCUCCCCCUUCUCCCCUCUCCCCCUCUGUCAUCCUCUCUCUCCCUCACCCUGCUCCUCCGUCUCUCUCUCUCUCUCUCUCUCACUCAACACGCACUGUGUCCACUUACAGAAACACCAUAUCAAGCUUAAAAAAUUCAAAUCAGCCCCUGCUGGAAAGACCCUGAAUCUGUGGAGAGAAUGGACAAGUUAACAAUUUAGGUUUAAUUAUUUUUUUUCAGAACUGGAAGGUAUUAGUGAUGAACAUGAAGAAACUUGACAAGUGUAAAGAAAAUAAUGCAGUCUGAACUCAGAAUGUUUCAAAUUGCAAUUGAUUUCCUCCUGUCCUUCAGACAGUUCCACUGAGCUCAGUGUUUGAGAAGCUGAGGAUCUGCCGGAGGGGGAGGGGCAAAU